CGGAAGUGGCGCGUGCGGAGGAACGCGGCCGGUCGCUGCCAUGGAGCGAUACGAUAAAGCGGCGCCCCCGGAGCUCGGGCAAAAUGAGGGUUCCUUAACAUCAACUCUAAGAACGCUUCUGUUCUUCACCGCUCUGAUGAUCUUAUUACCUAUUGGGCUGUACUUCUCUUCAAAGGCUUAUGUAUUUGAAGGUACCUUGGGAAUGUCCAACAGAGACAGCUAUUUUUAUGCUGCCAUCGUCGCUGUAGUUACUGUUCAUGUGGUACUUGCUCUCUUUGUCUAUGUAGCUUGGAAUGAAGGGUCUCGACAGUGGCGUGAAGGCAAGCAGGAUUAAAGCAAGCAUCACCAUCUGAUAUCCACAGACUGAAGACUGGAUAUUCGUGGAUGGAGUGAAAAACAUUCUUGUGCUGUAUACACAUACGAAGUAGAAGUUAAUGCCUCUGGGCUCUGAAUGCCUGUGUAUGAAUAGUCCAAGAUUCGUGCUCAUCUCAGCUGAAUACUAGUAAUUCGUCGAAGGGUGACAAUUUAUAAUUUAAAUCAACCUCAACUUGGCAAUGUUGGAGGGGCCUUCACCUGAAAUUGGAGUGGAGUGACUAGAAGGAAUGUGUAUUUUGUAUGUGUACAAUAAGUGGGGUUUUUUUUUACAGUUAGUUCUGACCUGCUAUAAACAAGAUGUAAAGAAAGUGAGACACAAAUAUGGGUCAGUUAUGAAGCAAAAUUAUGUAUUACUAGUGUUAAGUUACCAGUUAAAAAGGCUGAGUAACAUCCUAGUAGGACUAAAACAGAAUAGAUUUGAUUCCCACUUGCUCUUGGUGGAUGCUCAGUUUUAAAAACAUGGAAUCAAAUUGAGCAUCGCUUUGUGCUACUCAGCCAUGGUAGCAUGACUGUACAGUUUACAUUUUUAGUGGAAGAACAGGGAGAGAAUGUUUCUUAUAUAAUCCUCAAAGGCAGCUCUUGAGAGCUAAAGAUCUUGCAUAUUGGAGAGUGGCUUGUUAAUGUUUUAUGGGAACUGAGCUAUCAGAACAACAGAAUAGAGGAUGCACUCUUAAAAUUUCACUAUCAAACACAUCUCAAGCUCACUGAAAAUCAGUAGCUUGCAUCAAAACAUUGUUUUCUGACUCUUACCAUCACUUCUAGGAAAAGUUAUUUCAUAAACUACAAGGAACCAUGUAAUGUGGUGUCUUACUGCUUCAAUAAGCUAUGGCAAAUGCAUUUGAGGGAUUAUACUGCAGCUGGGGUGGUGUACUUAAGGUUUAAGACCAAAUGGAUGAGUAACCUCCCAAGAAAUGCAAUAAAUCUCCAAAAUGGCAUGUCUGGGAAUAAUGUCAUAGCAGUGUAGCAAGGUGGACAGAAAAUUCAGUUGGUGUUUUCUAUUUCAUAGUAAACCAUUUUUAGAUUAUCAUUUUAAAUUUUAAUUUUGGCGUGUUGUGUGUUUUACUGACUUUUCUCCCAACUGAUACUUUCAAUAUCUCUAGAAGAUUUCUGUAGUCCUGACCUGCUCAUACUUCCACUCUUACCACCUUGAAGCUUUGAUGUAAAGGAGAACUGCCUAUUAUUUUUCUGUCUGGUGAUCGUACUAAGUUGCAGUUGCUCUUAAACAAUUCUCGCUUUCAUCCACCUGCCACCACUAAUUUAGUGAGUUGGAUAUUUCUUAUGGUGCAAUCAUGGACAAAAUACACUGAAGAGUGUGUUUGGGAGAUGUGCUGGAGGAACAAGUGAGGUUUAAGGGGAGAAAGCCAGCCAAAGUGAUACUCUUUAAAAUUUUUGUCCACUAUUAAACAAAACAUAAUGGUGACCACGUUUUAUCAUCACUACCUCUUCCAUGACACAUUUCCACUUUGCAUAUUUUGUUGUUGAAUCAUGAAAUGAAUUUGUUCUAAUCUUCUAUUCUCUUGGAAAGAAAGGGGCUCUACCCAAAGUCACAUCAGGAUGAAAUUUGUCUAACAUCGUUAUCCUGAGUUUCAUUCUGCUUUUGUAUUAACUAUUUUUUUUAAUCUGUGUGGAGCAGCAUUUUUCCUAAAAUCACAGUAAUCUGUAGCAUUUCCUAUACUUUCAUUUUUUUUUUUUUUUUAAAGGCACUUUGUACCUUUGCUUUUCCUGUUUCACUUGAGUCAUGUUCAUAUAGUUCCAAAGGGAUUGUUGGUUGAUGUGGGAAUUGGAUUGUUUGUACCCAGACUUUUGGUCUGCAGAACAUGACCACGAAUAUGGUAAAUCAACUACUCGGGCUUAUGUGCACAAUAGGUACAGAAGUAUAUUAAGAUAGACUGUGACCCACCCACCCCCAUGUACUAAUGUCCAGGAGCAAGCACUAAAAGUGAAGCAUACUGCAUAUUAGCU